AUGGCGACCCUACAUGUUGGACGACCACAGCGGCUUCCAGGCUCACCCUUGGCAUUCACAGGCUUGCAAUCAUCGGCGGCUCUGGCAGUGCGCCCAGCGCCCGGGGGCACUCCUCAGGAAAGACAGGCAAGCUCUGCAGAGGCCAGGCCCAGUCCCAGUCAGGCUGUGUCCGCUGGGAUCGCAACGGCAAUGGGGACUAUCGCCGGGGCCGCUUGUUCGAGGCGUCAGGCGUCGUACCGUGGCGUUGGGCACGUACGCAGGGAGGCGCUGGCAACUGGUGCAGGUGCAGCAGCUGCAGUUGCUGCGGCCGCUGCCAUUGCCCAGAAGGGCUUGGAGAAACCGAAGGGCAAACUACGCCACAAGAGCGGAAUGCGACCCAAGGUUGUGGUGCUCGGUUCUGGCUGGGGUGCUGCGACAUUCCUUAAGGGUUUGGAGGCCGAUGAGGCCCAAAUGUAUGACAUCACAGUGGUGUCGCCUCGAAAUCAUUUCCUUUACACGCCUUUGCUCCCCACUUGCUCUAUGGGCUCCGUGGAGGAAAGGUCAAUCGUCACCCCUAUGCGACGCCUGAUCUCCGGCAAAGCGGACUUCCUCGAAGCAAGGUGCGACUCCAUCGAUACAGUUGGCAAGAAGGUCCACUGCAGUCGCGGUAUUAGCCUUGAGAACCGCGUAGAUGUGGCGUUUGACCGUUUCCCAGACAAAGGCGGCGAUGGAAGCACGCUUACAUUUACUCUUGAUUACGAUAUCCUGGUGUACGCAGUUGGGGCUCAGUCGAGUGAUUUCGGCUGCCCUGGCGUGAAAGAGCAUGCUUACUUUUUCAAGGAGGUCAGCGAUGCACGGAAGGUCCGCGAGCGGAUCAGUGAUCUAUUCGAGAGGGCUGCGUUGCCGUGCAUCUCAGCAGAGGAGAGGGAUAGGUUGUUGAGUUUCGUCAUCGUCGGAGGCGGUCCUACGGGCGUUGAGGUAGCAGCUGACUUGGCCGACUUCAUGGCCGAAGAUGCUGGCAUCCUUUAUCCAACGCUCGUUGAGCACGUCAAGAUUCGUCUCAUCAACACUGGCGACACUGUUCUGACAACGUACGAUCCGGAAGUGUCCAAGAAGAGCAUGGAUGUUUUCAAAGAAAAAGGCGUGGAGGUCAUGAGUAAAGUCAGGGUGACAAAAGUGACGCCAGACGUUGUUCAAAUGAAGAGCGCGGCUGAUGGCACAGAAAUCCGCAUUCCAUACGGGUGUGUUGUGUGGGCCGCAGGCAUUUCAGAAAAUCCGCUCACUGCCAAGCUAAAGGAGUCUUUGAUUGAGCGCAAUGCUGGCAACACAAGGAACGUCAGCGCUCUAAUGAAGCCCACCCGAGGUAUUGUCACAGAUGAAUGGAUGCAUGUGCGGGGCAGUUCGGGGUCCAUCUUCGCGCUUGGGGAUGCCUGCCUCGUACGGCAUGACCGCACGGUCCCCUUCGCAAAGCAGCUCUUCGAGAUGGGCGACACCAAUGGAGAUGGCGAGCUCGACAUGUCCGAGUUACGCGACCUGUUCAAGACGGCGGCGUCACAGUUUCCGCAGCUCGAGGCUUAUUCUAAGUACUUGGACAAUGCCGUCGAGCUGGAUCAGAUGAACGAUCCAAGGAUUGCUGCAUUGGCGAGGACGUUUCAGCGAGGUUUCGACGAAGAGCAGAAGGCAUUCAAGAAGCUGGUACGGCUAACGAAAGAGCGGGUCGGAGAUCGGACGGCGCCAAAGCCAGCAGAAGAAGUGGCCGCUGACAUCGCCGAGAUAGAUUACAAUCACAACGAAAAGUUGGACUUCGCCGAGUUCAGAGACUUACUGGAUCGUGUCGACAAGAAUCUCCAGGGCUUUCCCGCCACCGCGCAGGUGGCAGCCCAGCAGGGCAGCUAUCUUUCGAAGCUGUUUGCAAAGGGGUGCCUGGACGGCACCGAGGAGAGCCUCACGGCGACACAACGGGACGAAGACUCGUUCACAUACUUCCACAAAGGCUCACUGGCGUACUUGGGCGCUGGGCAGGCGGCCUUCGACGUGCCGAUCAUCGGAACCAUCACUGGCCCUCUCGCUGGGCUUGCCUGGAAGUUCUACGAGACCUCUGCGCAGCUGAGCUGGAAGAAUCGUGCUCUCGUGGGCCUGAACUGGGUCCGCACCGAGGUGUUUGGCCGCGACACCUCGCGAUUCUAG